AUGCCUAUUUACGACCCAGAAAGGGAUAUCCCCGACCUGACAGGGAAAACUAUCUUCAUCACAGGAGGAACCGGCGGCCUAGGCGCAGCAUCAGCCCUCCACCUAGCAAAACACAACCCAGAACACAUCUACAUAAGCGGCCGCAACGCUGCCGCCGCCAAAGCUAUCAUCCAACAAAUCCACGAAACAAACUCUAUCACCUCAGUAACAUUCAUACAAUGCGACCUGGCCUCCCUCACCUCCGUCUCACAAGCCGCAACAACCUUCAUAGCUCAACCUCAAGUCCAAAAACUCGAUAUCCUAAUCUGCAACGCAGGAAUAAUGGCCCAUACCCCAGCCCUAACAACAGACGGCUAUGAGAUUCAAUUCGGCACCAACCACCUAGGCCAUGCCCUGCUAAUCAAAAAACUCCUCCCCCUCCUCACCGCCUCCCCAGAUCCACGCACCGUCCUUUUAACCUCCCAAGGCUGGGCGCUACACCCCAGUGGCGGCAUCAUAUUUCCAGAUCUGCGCACAACACAAUCUUUCCCCUUCGGCGGGCCGUGGCGGCGGUACGGACAAAGCAAGCUUGCGAACCUGAUUUGGGCGCGGGAGCUGGCACGCCGCGUGCCGGGGUUGACGGCUGUUUCUGUUCAUCCGGGUGUUGUGGGAACUGGGCUUUUCCAUGGCUUGGGGCUUAAGGAUAAACUGCUUAUUUAUGCGACUGCUUGGUGGAAGUUUGUUUCUGUGCAGGAGGGUGCGUGGAAUCAGGUUUGGGCUGCUACGGUUGAUAAGAAGGAGGUUGUUAAUGGCGGGUAUUAUGAGCCUGUUGGGAGGUUGAAGGAUGGGCGGCUUGAUGGGGAUGCGAGGGAUGAGGGACUUGGGGAGAGGCUUUGGAAUUGGACCGAGGAGGCUUUGGAGGGGUUGUGA